CGCCGACCUUAAAACAAAUGAGGGGUGUGCAUUUUUUCCACACGGUUUGUUAACUUCACACUAUUCACUCGAGCAGAAACUCACACAUACAAACACAUAAAGACACAACUCACUCCCUGGAUUAUUCUUCUUGGAUUAUGAACUAAAAGACAGAUAUGAAGAAGCUCCACUUUCCUCUGUUUGUGCUGCUGUGCCUCUGCAUGGCUUUGCACCACACUGUGCAGCUAGACAGCAGCUCUUUCCUCAUCUACAAUGAGUUUCACAACAAAUGUGUGAAGGUGGUAGAGCCCAAUAUAGCACAGAUCAGUGACUGCGACUUGUCUUCAGACACACAACGUUUCCGAUGGAUUUCCUCUUCUCAGGUCCUAAGCAUUUCUCACAAGCUGUGCCUUGGAUCUCAGGACCUUAAAGAUUGGGUUCGAGUUGUUCUGGUCCCCUGCAAUAAACUCAGUCCAUUGCAGACAUGGGAGUGCAAGAAUGAAACUCUGUUUGGUAUAAAGGGCCAAGAAUUGCAUCUGAAUUACGGCAAUCGCCAUGAGCCCAAUAUACUGCUCUACUCAGGGACAGGUUUGUGGAGCCGCUGGCAGAUAUAUGGCGAGAAGAAAGACCUGUGCUCUCACGGAUACCAAGAGGUUUUCACCAUUGGUGGCAAUUCGAUGGGCAGCCCCUGUCAGUUUCCCUUUCAAUUUGGAGCAAAGUGGUACGCUGAGUGCACACUUGAUGGACGAUCUGACGGACAGCUUUGGUGUGCCACAGUCACAGACUAUGACCAGGAGAAGAAAUGGGGUUUCUGUCCAACGAAAUCAUCAUCAGGUUGGGACUCUGAUCCAGUAACAGGUGUGUUGUACCAGAGGAACAUUCAGUCAGUGCUGACCUGGCAUCAGGCUCGCAAAAGCUGCCAGCAGCAAGACGCUGACCUACUCAGCAUCAUGGAGCUGCAUGAGCAAGCAUAUAUAUCAGGGUUAACUAAUAUACUUGGAUCAUCUCUUUGGAUUGGACUGAAUAGUCUGGAUUUUGAAAGUGGCUGGCAAUGGAGCAAUGGAAACCCAUUUAGAUAUCUGAACUGGGCUCCAGGCCACCCCUUACUGGAGCCUGGCAUGAACUGUGCAGCACUUAAUGCUGGGAAAGCAUCGAAAUGGGAGAGUAUAGCCUGCGGUAGUAAACUGGGAUACAUCUGCCGCAAGGGAAAUUCCACUACCAUUACACCUUCCGUGGGUAAAGACCAGCCCAGUUUCUGUCCAUCCUCCUGGGUGCCAUAUUCUGGUCACUGCUACUCUCUCUCACGUACUAAGAAGAUUUGGAAAGAUGCUCUGACAGCUUGUCGUAAAGAAGGAGCUGAUCUGACCAGUAUUCACAAUAUAGAAGAAUACAGCUUUAUUAUAUCACAGAGUGGAUACUUGCCUACUGAUGAAUUAUGGAUAGGUCUAAAUGAUCAGAAGACUCAGAACCUGUUUGAAUGGUCAGACAGAACCCAUGUCACCUUUGCCAAAUGGCUGGUGGGAGAACCUUCACACACAUCUAUUCUGAGAGAGGACUGCGUUCUCAUGAAAGGAAAGGAGGGGAAGUGGGCAGAUCACAUGUGUGAAAAGGAGUAUGGCUACAUAUGUAAGAAGAAAGCUUCCACCAAACCUGCAGGGUCACCUGAGGUGAUCAGUCCUGGAUGUCCUGCUGGUUGGAUCAGGUUCAACUCCUACUGCUACAGCAUUGCUGUAGAAGCCAAAACCUUCAAUGAGGCCAAAACAGCAUGUGGACAGAGUGGAGCUAACCUAAUAAAAGUUGCAGACAGGUAUGAGAAUGCUUUCCUCAUCAGCCAGAUUGGUUUACGACCUGAAAAAUAUUUCUGGCUUGGCCUGUCCAAUAUGGAACAUGAAGAACACUUUGAGUGGACAAAUAAAGAAGCAGUCAAAUUUACACACUUUAAUGUAGGAAUGCCAGAUAGGCGCCAGGGCUGUGUUGCCAUGCGAACUGGGACUUCAGCAGGAUUAUGGGAUGUAAUCACCUGUGACAGUAAAGAGAAGUACAUCUGUCAGAAAAUAGCAGAGGGUGUUACUACAACCAGACAGCCUCCUGUGACACAACCUCUCAGCUGCCCCACCAAAUGGAUAAAAAAAGACCCUGCCAAUUGUAUUCGGGUAUAUAGAAAGGAAGAAGAGAAUAAGAAAACAUGGCUUGAGGCUCGUAAUUUCUGCAAAGCCAUUGGUGGUGACCUUGCUAGCUUUCACUCUGACGCUGAAACCAGCAAGUUACCGUAUGGUGGGGGAGGUGAUCCAGCAUGGAUUGGAUUUAAUAUUCUGGAUGAUAAUGCUGGCUUUGUGUGGUCAGAUGGAAGUCCAUCAAGUUAUGAGUCCUGGGGCUAUGGGGAGCCCAAUAAUUACAAUUCUCAAGAGCAUUGUGCAGAAACCAACUUCUUCUAUGGUCAUAGGUGGAAUGAUAGGGAUUGUGAAGCCUACAGUGAUUGGAUCUGUCAGAUACGACUGGGUAAAACUCCAAAACCUCCACCUACAGGCACCCCCCAAGCGGAGUUUAACAUUACAGAUGAUGGCUGGAUCCAGUUCAAUGGUAGUCAGUACUACAUUAAUAAAGAGCGUCUGGAUAUGGAAACUGCUCGUGCAUUUUGCAAGAAGAACCAUUCUGACCUAAUUGUCAUUACUGGUCAUAGUGAAAGGAAGUUUAUAUAUAAACAGAUUUCAAGAGGCUCAGAAGACCAGUACUACAUUGGAAUGACUGUGGGAUUGGAUAAAUCCUUUAGUUGGGUGGAUGGUUCCCCAGUUGUCUAUACAGCCUGGAACCAAAAUGAACCAAACUUUGCCAACAAUGAUGAAAACUGUGUUACCAUGUACAAGAGUAUGGGAUUCUGGAAUGAUAUCAAUUGUGGAGUACAAUUACCCUCUAUCUGUAAAAGAAGUGUUGACUUUGUCACCAGCACAGCAGCUCCUACCACUGCACCAAAGGGAGGCUGUAGUUCUGACUGGACCACUUUUCAGGGAAAAUGUUAUAAAUUUGUAGGGAAAGAUAGCAGUGAAGAGAAAUCAUGGCAUGAUGCUCGACAAUAUUGCAUCUCUCAAGGAGGCAACUUAGUGUCCAUUCGGAGUCAAGCAGAGCAAGCAUUUCUCACCACUAUGAUGCUCAGUGCACCUGAUGACAUGUGGAUUGGCUUGAAUGAUGUCAACUGGGAGAUGCGCUUCCUUUGGACAGAUGGGAAAGGUGUCCAGUUCACCAACUGGGCCAAAGGUUAUCCAGUGUCAUUUCCAGAUGGACGCAGAAGUUAUGGAGUAGAUGACCUCUUCUCAAGUUGGGACUAUGACUUUCAAGAAGAAAGCAGGUUUGACUGUGUCAUUAUGGUGAAGCAACCAGACAAGAUUACUGGCAUGUGGAAGGUUGAGGACUGUGAAGAAAAACGAGGUUUUAUCUGCAAGAGGAAUAUUGAUCCUCAGAUCCAAGUUCCAUCAACAACAGUGUCACCAGCAUCAUAUUUUAAACUGGGGAAUAAUUCAUAUAAGAUACAGAAUGUGAAGAUGAGCUGGGAUGAGGCAAGGAGGCAGUGCAAAGCAGACGAUGCUGAAUUAGCUAGUGUGUUAGACUCUGUCACCCAGGCAUUCAUCACCCUCAAGACUGGCAGAUUGAAAGAGCCUGUGUGGAUUGGCCUAAACAGCAAUGUGACCGGUGGGCGAUACCGCUGGACAGAUAACUGGUUACUGCGCUACACUAAAUGGGCUAAAAGUGAACCACUGAGAAACCAGGCCUGUGUAUAUAUUGAUACUGAUGGAACAUGGAAAACAUCAGAAUGCAGUAAAAGCUAUUACUCUCUCUGCAAACGCUCAUCAGAUAUUGCACCCACUGAUCCCCCUCAACUCCCAGGACGCUGCCCAGAGCCAAAAAAAUCCAAGGUCUGGAUUCCUUUCCGAGGGCAUUGUUAUGUUUUUAUAGCCUCAAGGAAUGAGAACUGGGCCCAUGCUUCAGUGGAGUGUAUGAGAAUUGGUGCAUCAUUGGUGAGUGUGGAGGAUGUAGCGGAGUCCAACUUCAUCCGCCAGAAUCUUGAGAUUCUUCAUGAUGAAGCCAAAUCUUUCUGGAUUGGCAUCCACCGCAGCUACACAGGUGAGUGGAUGUGGAUUGAUAACACUGUGGUGGACUAUACUAAUUGGGCACCACGGUCACCUGGUACCCAAGGUGACUGUGUGGAGGCCAAAUCAGAAAGUGGCUUGUGGAUAAACACGCACUGCAGUGCAUACAGAGCCUAUAUCUGCAAAACCUCCAAAAUUAUACCAGCAACUGAGAAACAGCCGGCAAGUCGUCCGAUUGUGGAAGAGCCCUCUCAUAGCUACACUGGUAUCACUGUAGCAGUUGUGUUGGUGAUAAUUGCUGUUGUAGGACUGGCUGCCUUCCUCUUCUAUAAAAGACCAACUAUCCCAGUAAUCGGGGAGUGUACAUUUGAUAACACACUCUACUUUAACAACCCUUCACGAGCUACCACUACUGUAGACACCAAGGGACUGGUUCCCAACAUGGAACAAAAUGAGUGUGCAUAACACACACACUAAUGACAUAAUGUUACUAAUGACAUAAAAGGAAAAAAAUGUGUUUUUUAAAUAAUCAAGAUGUAUAGAUGAACUGUGUCCAUCACCAACCUGCUUGGUUGUAGGAGGAUGUCUGCUCAAUAUUUAGUAAAUUCACAAAAUACACAAGGUGAUGAAAUCACAUGUUGCUUAUUUACAUCUUAUAGUGCUUUCUUUAAUCCUAAAAAUGUUCAAGUUAAUAUAGGACAGUGUAAAUGUUCAUAGACUGUGUACCACCAUGUUUUUAUUCUCAGAGCUGUGCUUUAUUGACAUUGUUGUUCUUUAUUUUAAUGUCUUUAAAUUGUAAAUAAAUGUUUAAAGAACUAAAAAGGAACUUUGAAGUAUGACAUCUAUACUUGCUGUUAAAAUGUUCUAGAUAUUCAUGUUCAGCUUUAUGAAAUGUAAAGUCCUUACCUGAUGUAACAUUAACACAAUGAACUGAAUGAGUUUGAGUCUUCAGCUGAAUAUACCGUAUAAUGAGGUGCUUCUCGCUCUCGCUCUCUCUCUCUCUCUCUCUCUCUCUCUCUCUCUUUUUCUGACUCUCAUCCAAUCUACACAAUCCCCACAAUCAUUGCUAAAAUGUGGCUCAUAUUGCUAUAGUAACCACUGAUCUAAGAGCCUGAAUCAGAGGCCACUAAUCCCCUACACUAGCAUAUUUGCUCAUUAAAACAUUUUACCCGUGCUCUGGAAAUCGUGCCAUAGCUUUCUGAACCUUGGAGAAGGAAUAUAUUCUUUUCUUCAGCUACACAGUGGACUGGAAAGAAAAGCAAGGCCAGUAAUUUCUUAAUUAAAGUUGAGAUUUAAAGAGAGGGAGUUGUUGGAGUGAGUUGUUGUUUUUGGUGUUGCUCGUAUUGGUACAGCGUAAUAGUAUAGUGUGUAGUUAAUAUUGUGAUUUAUACAGUAAGAAUGUCCUAGUCAUAGGGAGCAUUUUGAUUUUGUGCAUAGUUGAUCCAUGAGUAGAGUUUGUGUGUGCAUGUUUCAGGAUUUGUGUAGUCAGUUUUUAGGCACUGGCUUAGAUACUGUGUGGGGGAAGCAUGACGUUAACGUGCAUGUAAACAAAUCUUGCCUUCAACAAUAGUAUUAGCAAAGAACUUAGUAUUGUCUGUCUGUCUGUCUGUCUGUCUUCAUUCUUAAUUAAAUGAACCCACUCUUUCA